CCUUCACGCGAGAAGCAGAGAGUGGACGCCGCGGGGUCGGACUAGUGACUGCAGCGCGCCCCUCAGGGACUUGGUUUGGGGGGAAUGAAAGACUGUUACGGAAGCCGCCCAGGGACAAAAUCACCCACUUCCCUGCCCUUCGCUUUUUUCAUUGAUUCUUUCUUUCACCACCUAUGUAUGUACUGAGGGCCUGCUGCAUGUCCGGCCCCAUCCUAGGCAGUGAGGCGGAAGGUGUUUAACAAAACGGGCCCCAGCUCUCAUGCAGGUUAAAUUUCAUUGGGGGAGGAGGCUAGACAGUAAAAGCAAAUAGGUGAAUCAUUUCGCUCCAUGUUGAGGUAAUAUUAAAAUAAUAAAAGAGAGUGAUACGAUAGGAGAGCGGGGCUGCUUUAACCAGAGUGGUUAUGAAGGGUGCCCGUUGGGUAGCUGGGAAGAGUGAGAAAGAAGCGGGGAAGCACAGGUGAGAAGAUCCAGGCAGGGAAAGUGCUGGAGACUGGGUUUUGUCCUGAGAGGGUUGGGAAGCCACUGCAGAAUUUUGAAGAGGUGAGUGAGGUGGUCUCUGUGCUUUCAAGUCUCCCUUUGGCUGCCUUGUGGCGAACAGAGGCACAGGGUGUGGCAGGAGGAGGCAGGUGAGACCACCUGAACCAGGGUGGAUGUGGCAGGUGGAGGAAGAUGAAUCAUUCAGGGUCCCUGGUUUGUCAGGACUCAGUGUUCUUGAUAAGCAGAACCAUGGCUUAGAGAGGAAAGCAGGCUGUCGGUUGGGAACCUUGGUAACUCCCUUCCCCCCAGCACGCCUCAGACAUGGUAUGGGGCUGGUAAUGCUGUUUCUCUCCUCUCCUCUUCCCCAGGUGCCUCCCAGAUGACCAUUCCCAGGCACCAUCUUUCUCAUGAGCUCCAGAUCUGUACUUUCAUCCCUGCCCCCACUCCCCCCACCCCCACCCUGCCCCAGGCCUGAGCUGAGCCUAGGGGGACCCUGAAGGACUGUCCUAAAGUGGUGGUUCCAGAGCCAGAUGCUGACCUCCCCCGCUCAGGAAUCUCAGGGCUGAGCAGAGGGAGAUUCUGGGGGCGGGCCGUGGCUGGAGUGGGGGUGGGGGGGUAGGGAGCAGGGAGCACACAGGCUCUGUCUGAGUAGCCAGGGAAGGCUUCCAUGACGAGGCGGCCUGGAAGGGCUGGUGGAAGCUCUGCAGAGGACCCAGCUGGAGCGACAGUGUUAAUGAGACAGGCUAGGGUCCUGGCCAGGCCUCUUGCCUCUCUGAGCUUCAGAUUCCUCAUCCUUAAAGAAGGCACAAUGACAUUCCCCUUUAAGACUGUGCUUCUGUGACCAAAUGGCCACUCAUCAUUGGCCCACUUGGGUCUAGUAGUGGAAGAAAUGUCUGGUGGUAGAGCCAGAAGCAGAGUGCCUCUAGCAGCACCCAGCCGCUCACAGCUACCACCACCAUCCCGGGCUCCCAACUGAGAAACUCUUUAUCUUGAAACAGAAAAUACUUAUUCUUUUCCUCCACCUUUGAUUUGGAAAUCCUUAGCAACCCCUAAACGGGAUCCCUGUUCUGGGGAAUAAAGAGGGGGAUAUCUAUAAGAGAGUAAGGUGAGGUGUUUGAUGCCCUUACAUCCCCUACCCCCCAAUAAACUGGCCAGAUGACCUCUUAAGCAACGAAGGAGAAGAACCACUAGGUGAUGUUAUUGAGCUCUGUGCCAAAUCCUGUUCUGAGUGCUUCGUGGGAAUUGAUGGGUCGAAUUUUCACUGCAGCUCUGUGAGGUAGAUUCUGUUUGUCCCUGUGUCACACAGGAGAAUUGACCAACAGUGAGGUUACAUGGAGGGCUGAGGAUGUGAGCCCCUCUGGCUGGCCCUGGAGCCUAUCCCCCCCCCAUCACACCCCCCCCCCCCCCCCCCCCCGCCUAGCAUCUGCACAAACGCAGAUGGAAUAGUCACAUCCUGUGCUGCCUCCACAGAGGGAAGUGAGGGCUUGAGUGGCUUGUUUCCCCCACAGCCCAAAUUUGCACAUUCCUAUGCCACUGUCCUAGUGCCCUCUGUGCUCUUUCUGUGCUUUCUGUGAUGCAUGAUUCUGGAAUGGACCCGGGACCAGGAAAAAACAAAAUUGUUUUAGAAGACAGUAUUACAACAAUCAAGAAAGUCCAUCGUGUACCAUAUAUUAGAACAUAGCAUUGUAUCAGUGUUAAGUUUCUUGUGUUAAAUUUUAGUUUUGCUGUGAAUGUAUAAGAGAGUGUCCUUUUCUUGAGAGAGUCAUGCUGACAUCUGUAGGAGGAAGGGGGCCCAUGACUGGAACAUAUUCUCAAACAAUGUUCAUGUCACACGCUCGUAGGCACACACUCAUAUAGAGAGGUUAACGUGGCAAAAUGUUAACAGUUAGUGAAGCCAGGAGAUCCUUCUGCUUAUACAGUGCUCCUUGUACUAUUCUGACAACUUUAAGUUUGAAAAGUGAUGUUUUGUUUUGUUUUUAAUUUUUAUUCACCACGCAGCAUGACCCCAGUAGUUUUUAGAAGGUUCUUUGCUUUCUGGUCUCAUUUGAUGCUCCUGGCUCCUCUGGCCCAUUUCCUGCCCACACCUGAAACCAACUCUUACUCUGACAGCCCUGGCUUCAUUGGUGGGAAGUGGUAUUUAGAGAUGUUAGUUGGUGUUCAGGGUGUUCAUUGCUGCCGUGGUAUUGUUUCCUCCAGACAUUUUCAGUUCAUAUUAAUAGAAAAUUGGUUCUUUAUUUGCUCAGAGAAAAUGCAUCAUGAAUUCAUAUCAUAUUUCCAGUUCAAAUUUAGGCAUUCUGAGUUUUUACUUCUUUAAUUUUAUGUUAGAAUCUUUUUUCUUUUAUGCUCAUUCCUAAUGAUAUAACCAUUAUUACUUAUUUCCUACAGCUAUAAUUGUUUCCGAAUAAUAUUACUAAUGUGAUUUCCAGUAAUGUGAUUACUGAAAACUGUUGAAGAUUUUCUUUUGCAGUUCUAUUCUUAGGGUAGAUCGCAGUAAGAAUAUAUAAUCAUAUUACUGUGUUUUACUUUUUUUUAAUUAAUUACUUUUUAUUAACUUAUUUAUUUUUUGGCUGCAUUGGGUCUUCGUUGCGGCGCGUGGGCUUCCUCUAGUUGUGGAGAGCUGGGGCUACUCUUCCUUGAGGUGCGCAUGCUUCUCAUUGCAGUGGCUUCUCUUGUUGCGGAGCACAGCCUCUAGGCACUUGGGCUUCAGUAGUUUUGGCGCAUGGGCUCAGUAGUUGUGGCUCACAGGCUAUAGAGCACAGGCUCAGUGGUUGAUAUCACCGUGUUUUAAAAUUGCAUGAAAUGAUCUGAUCCACGUAGAUAUACUGUUAGGUUCUUGGCUUUCAUUUUGCUCUUGAUUUUUAGGGAUUGCUUUUAUUUUUAUUUUGGUUAUUUUAAGUGCAUUUCUUUUCCUAAUCACACAAAGCAUUUACUUGAGUUCCAAAAUCAAACCUGUAAAACAAGGUACAUUAAGAGACAAUAAUCCAGCUUCUAUUCCUGCUCUCACAAUCCUUUUCUCUACUUCCCCUUGCAGAUAUUCUGUGGAUGUUGGGAUAUCACCCUUUCCUGUGACUCAGGUUGUAAGCAUUUUUCCAGGGCGGUUAUAGGCUCUGUUCCCUUGGUAGAUGCUCUCUAAAUGGUGGCCAGGUUCUCAGUUGACCUCUGACCCUCGAUGAAGCUUACUUCUCACCUUCUCAGCUUGGGAGCAACUAUUGGGUGCCCUUGGCCCCACUCGGAGGAGAUGAAGAUGGCCUCCAAGCGCAUCACCCAGGAGACCUUUGAUGCGGCCGUUCGGGAGAACAUCGAGGAGUUUGAGAUGGGGCCAGAGGAGGCAGUGAAAGAGGCCGUGGAGCAGUUUGAAUCACAAGGGGUUGAUCUGAGCAACAUUGUAAAGAUGACGCCGAAAGUCUCUGCAGAUGGACCCCAGGAGCCCACACAUGACAUCCUGCAGGCCCUGGAUGACCUGCAGGAGUCUGUGGCCCGCUCUCACCCCCAGGAGGCAUCAGCACACCUCGCCCGCUUUUGUGAGCAGUGCCAGCAGCAAAAGGCCUGCCGCUUCCUGGCAGCUGAGAAGGGGGCCUACCCCAUCCUCCUCGCCACCUGGAAGUUGGCCGCAGCAGGUGACCAGGGCUUCCUGCUCCAGACCCUCAAUGCCCUGUCAGCCCUGACUGAUGGCCAGCCCGACCUCCUGGACUCCCAAGGCCUGCAGCUGCUGGUGGCCACAUUGGCCCGGAAUGCCGACUCAGCUCACGUGGUCUGCUCUGGGAUCCGCUGCGUGCGCCACGCCUGCCUGAAGCAUGAGCAGAACCGGCAGAGCCUGGUGAAGGCCGGCGUGCUACCCCUACUGACUGGCGCCAUUGCCCGGCACAGCCGCUGUGCUGACGUGGUCAGGGAGGCCUGCUGGGCCUUACGCGUCAUGACCUUUGACGAUGACAUCCGUGUGCCCUUCGGCCAUGCUCAUGACCAUGCCAAGAUGAUCGUGCAGGAGAAUGGAGGCUUGAAGGUGCUCAUUGAGGCCGCCAAAGCAUUCCCCGACAACCCCAGCAUCCUGAGUGAGCUCUGUAGCACCCUGUCCCGCCUGGCCGUCCGCAACGAGUUCUGCCAGGAGGUCGUCGACCUUGGGGGCCUCAGCGUCCUGAUGGCCCUGCUGGCCAACUGCAACGACCACCAGGACCUUGUGAAGCAAGUGCUGAGCACCCUGCGGGCCAUCGCAGGCAACGAUGAUGUGAAGGAUGCCAUUGUCCGCGCUGGCGGGACAGAGUCCAUUGUGGCCGCCAUGACCCAACACCUGGCCAGUCCCCAGGUGUGUGAGCAGAGCUGCGCGGCCCUGUGCGUCCUGGCCCUGCGCAAGCCAGAGAACAGCCGGGUCAUCGUGGAGGGCGGCGGGGCCCUGGCCGCACUGCAGGCCAUGAAGGCGCACCCGCAGGAGGCUGGCGUGCAGAAACAGGCCUGCAUGCUGAUCCGAAACCUGGUGGCCCGCAGCCAAGCCUUCUCACAGCCCAUCCUGGACCUGGGGGCUGAGGCCCUCAUCGUGCAGGCCCGUGCCAUCCACCGCGACUGUGAGGACGUGGCCAAGGCCGCUCUGCGGGACCUGGGCUGCCACGUUGAGCUCCGAGAGCUGUGGACUGGCCAGAAGGGCAACCUGGCACCGUGACCUCAGGCUCAGUGUGAGCUGUGACUCUGGGUGAGUCAUGUGACUCAGGAACAACUGGGGAUUGGGGGCAGGAAUCCAUGUCCUGCUCUUCUGCCCCCAGAUUCCUCCCCCAUCAACGGGACGCAUUCUCUGAUAGGUACCAGGUAUAGGCCAAGGGGUGGGAAGGGAGCACUAGUGAGGCGCCUACGCAGCAGAAGGCGGCCCCUGGGUCCCGGCCUCCGCGCACGCUGUUCUGCUCACCGUCUGACAACACCGGCUUCAUCCAUCGUGUGCCACCCCACCCCACCCCACCCCACCGCCCUUUCCAAGUAGAAGCACCCCCUUAGCAUUACUCCGGGCCAAAGGUCAGUCUGAAACCCGGAGACCAUACUGGCCAGUCUCAAAGCAGGGCAGGGAUCCCGCUUCUGUUCCUACAAGUCUGCUCUCAUCCCAGUAGCUGUAAAAUGGGUCACAGGUGCCUUGCUGUGCUGAACAGAGGGCAGGGACCAAGGCUAGUGUGUCUGCAGGUGUCCCAGGCCAGCCAGUGGUGCCUGGUAAUAAAAGACUGUUGUUGAAC